AGAUGAGCUUAAAAAGAACUACGGACGUAAUUCCUGCUAUUUAUUGGUUUCUCUAAAGGAUCUGGGCAAUUUCGACAGUUCUCUUACUCAGGAACUUGUAAAUCGGCCGACUGACUAUAUUCAUGUUUUUGAGGAAGCCGCCACUGAAGUCGUGGAGGAUUUAACAAAAUCAAGAUCUGAGUCAGAGUCAAUAAUUGACACAUGUCAAAUUCUUAUUGAUUGGGAGGCGAAUUCUGUAAGCCUGCGUGAAAUUCGCUCGGAGCAAGUUUCCAAACUUAUCAAGAUGUCAGGAAUAAUUAUUUCAGCCUCGGGGAUCCGCGCCAAGGCUGUUAAAUUAAGUCUCCAAUGUCGCUCUUGUCGUCAAUUUCUCCCAAACCUGCCUGUCAAGCCUGGUCUUGAGGGUUACACUCUUCCCAGAAACUGCCCUUCAUCGCAAAUGGGGGGCGCAGGUGCUCGCUGCCCUAUUGAUCCUUUCUUUAUCGUGCCCGAUAAAUGCCUUUGUGUGGAUUACCAAAUACUUAAACUCCAAGAAACACCAGAAACUGUCCCUCAUGGAGAGAUGCCUCGUCAUGUUCAGCUUUAUUGUGACCGAUAUUUGUGUGAGCAAGUUGUUCCUGGCAACCGGGUAACUGUUGUUGGUGUUUACACCAUCAAAAGUAUUGCAUCAUUCAAGCAAAAAUCGAGUGCUCAAGAACGUGCUAAUGUUGGAGUCAGACAGCCUUAUGUCCGUGUGUUAGGGCUUCUUAUUGAUACCGAAGGUCCUGGGCGUAGUGGCAUCGUUGGUACGAGUGCUAUAAGUAGCGAAACUGGAGCAUUUAAGUCUGGAGCUAGUUCUUUCAAUAAAUCCACUUCAACGGGCGCUUCUAGGCUUACGGAAGUCGAGGAAGAUGAAUUGCGUAGCUUGGCAGCGUCGCCAGAUGUUUUUGAUCGAGUUGCGAAUAGCAUAGCUCCUUCAAUUUACGGAAGCCUUGACAUAAAGAAAGCGAUUGCUUGUCUUCUUUUUGGUGGUUCAAGAAAGCGGUAUUCAAUUGUACUCUAA